CUGCGAAUGCAGCAAGAGCGAGGAUUUAAUAUGAAAGCAGCUUGCUGGCGGAACCACAGAGCCUGAAGCUUUAUAGUCUACAAGGGUCAGGAGUCUGUCAUUUAAUUAACCCCGUGCCAAAUUAAGGUUGGUCGAAAAGUAGUGUCGACAUAGUUCCGAAAAAUCAUGGCAGAACCUGAGCUGCUUUUAGACUCGAACAUUCGUUUAUGGGUCGUGUUGCCCAUCGUCUUCAUCACCUUCCUAGUGGGAGUAAUUCGACACUACGUUUCAAUCCUACUUCAAAGUGAUAAAAAGCUCACAUUAGAGCAAGUGUCUGACAGCCAAGUCCUCAUCAGGAGCCGAAUUCUGAGGGAAAAUGGAAAAUACAUUCCUAAACAAUCCUUCUUAAUGAGAAAAUUCUACUUCAAUAAUCAAGAGGAUGGCUUCUUUAAGAAAACCAAAAGAAAGGUUGUUCCACCCUCUCCAAUGACUGAUCCCAGCAUGCUGACUGAUAUGAUGAAGGGAAAUGUCACAAACGUCCUACCCAUGAUCCUUAUCGGUGGCUGGAUAAACUGGACCUUCUCAGGAUUUGUCACAACUAAGGUUCCGUUUCCACUGACCCUGCGCUUCAAGCCCAUGUUACAACAGGGCAUUGAACUGCUGUCGCUGGAUGCAUCCUGGGUGAGUUCAGCAUCUUGGUAUUUUCUGAAUGUCUUUGGCCUACGCAGCAUGUAUUCUCUAAUCCUUGGACAAGACAAUGGUGCGGACCAAUCAAGGAUCAUGCAAGAACAGAUGAGUGGCGCUGCCAUGGCUAUGCCAGCAGACACUAACAAAGCUUUCAAGGCAGAGUGGGAGGCCCUGGAGCUGACAGAUCACCAGUGGGCUCUAGAGAGUGUUGAAGAGGAUCUGAUCAGCAAAGACCUAGACCUGAGUGGGAUGUUCCGGAAAGACUUACCAACCGGCAUCUUUUAGGAACCUAUUCACUGUGGGGAUGUGACACUGGGCCUUGUUCCCAACUGAGUUAAUACUGAUUGGGUUGAACUUGCUUUGGCAGAUGGUGAAGUUAUGAUUUCCGUUGUUUGGCUGAGAAUGGAGUCACGUCCAGCCUCAUGCCAGACAUAUCCCAUAGUCACGUGUCAUUUGCAUGCACUACUUUCUCAUUGAUAUGUUCGCUCAACCCUCAGCUGUGCACCUGCCAACUGUUUAUUUAAGAUGCUUAGCUUGUUAGUUACAGACUUUUCAGUCCAUGUGAAAGUAGGUUUUUACUUUACUGUGAUACACAAUUCCAGGCAUAAUAAU